GCCGGGGCCGCUCAGACCUGCAGCGGAGCCGCGGCGCCCGCUCGGAUCGGCUCGGGGCUGCGCCCCCGGGACCCCGCGACGGGGGCGGGCGGGGGCGCUCCCCGCCGGCCUGGGCCCCUCGGCAGUGCCAGGUGUGGAUCCAUGGGGUAGUCCCAGCGCAUCUGCCCCUCCACCCCAGCCAGCUCAAUGGGUCACCUGGCCCAGCCCAACCUCAGCACACAGGGCCAGUGAACAGAGCCCUGGCUGGAGUCCAAACAUGUGGGGCCUGGUGAGGCUUCUGCUGGCCUGGCUGGGUGGCUGGGGCUGCAUGGGGCAUCUGGCAGCCCCAGCCCGGGCUUGGGCCGGGUCCCGGGGGCACCCAGGCCCUGCACUGCUGAGGACCCGAAGGAGCUGGGUAUGGAACCAGUUCUUUGUCAUUGAGGAAUAUGCCGGUCCAGAACCUGUCCUCAUUGGCAAGCUGCACUCGGAUGUUGACCGGGGAGAGGGCCGCACCAAGUACCUGUUGACCGGGGAGGGGGCAGGUACCGUAUUUGUGAUUGACGAAGCCACAGGCAAUAUCCAUGUCACCAAGAGCCUGGAUCGAGAAGAGAAGGCACAAUAUGUGCUGCUGGCCCAAGCUGUGGACCGAGCCUCCAACCGGCCCCUGGAGCCACCAUCAGAGUUCAUCAUCAAAGUGCAAGACAUCAAUGACAAUCCACCCAUUUUUCCCCUCGGGCCCUACCACGCCACAGUGCCCGAGAUGUCUAAUGUUGGGACAUCAGUAAUCCAGGUGACUGCUCAUGAUGCCGAUGACCCAAGCUAUGGGAACAGUGCCAAGCUGGUGUACACCAUUCUGGAUGGACUGCCUUUCUUCUCUGUGGACCCCCAGACUGGAGUGGUGCGGACAGCCAUCCCCAACAUGGACCGGGAAACACAGGAGGAGUUCUUGGUGGUGAUCCAGGCCAAGGACAUGGGCGGCCACAUGGGGGGGCUGUCGGGCAGCACUACGGUGACCGUCACCCUCAGUGAUGUCAACGACAACCCCCCCAAGUUCCCUCAGAGCCUGUAUCAGUUCUCUGUGGUGGAGACAGCUGGGCCUGGCACGCUGGUGGGCCGGCUUCGGGCCCAAGACCCAGACCUGGGGGACAACGCCCUCAUGGCAUACAGCAUCCUGGACGGGGAGGGGUCUGAGGCCUUCAGCAUCAGCACAGACUCCCAGGGACGAGACGGGCUCCUCACUGUCCGCAAGCCGCUGGACUUUGAGACCCGACGCUCCUACUCCUUCCGCGUGGAGGCCACCAACACGCUCAUCGACCCAGCCUAUCUUCGGCGAGGGCCCUUCAAGGAUGUGGCCUCUGUGCGUGUGGCUGUGCAGGAUGCCCCAGAGCCCCCUGCCUUUACCCAGGCUGCCUACCUCCUGGCCGUGCCCGAGAACAAGGCUCCUGGGACCCUGGUGGGCCAGAUCUCCGCUGCUGACCUGGACUCCCCCGCCAGCCCGAUCAGAUACUCCAUCCUCCCCCACUCGGACCCAGAGCGCUGCUUCUCUAUCGAGCCCGAAGACGGCACCAUCCGCACAGCCACGCUCCUGGACCGCGAGGCUCGUGUCUGGCACAACCUCACUGUGCUGGCCACAGAGCUCGACAGCUCUGCACAGGCCUCCCGCGUGCAAGUGGCCAUCCAGACCCUGGAUGAAAAUGACAAUGCCCCCCAGCUGGCUGAGCCCUAUGACACCUUUGUGUGUGAUUCUGCAGCCCCUGGCCAGCUGAUUCAGGUCAUCCGGGCCCUGGACAGAGACGAAGAUGGCAACAGUAGUCGUGUCUCCUUUCAAGGUCCCCUGGGCCCUGAUGCCAACUUUACUAUCCGAGAUAACCGAGAAGACGGCUCGGCCAGCCUGCUGCUGCCCUCCCGCCCCGCUCCGCCCCGCCAGGCACCCUAUCUGGUUCCCAUAGAACUGUGGGACUGGGGGCAUCCCGCACUGAGCAGCACUGCCACGGUGACUGUCAGCGUGUGCCGCUGCCGGCCUGAUGGUUCUGUGGCAUCCUGCCGGCCCGAGGCUCAGCUCUCAGCCACUGGGCUCAGCACUGGUGCCCUGCUUGCCAUCGUCACCUGUGUGGGUGCCCUGCUUGCCCUGGUGGUGCUCUUCGUGGCCCUGCGGCGGCAGAAGCAAGAAGCACUGAUGGUACUGGAGGAGGAGGAUGUCCGCGAGAACAUCAUCACCUACGACGACGAGGGCGGAGGCGAGGAGGACACCGAGGCCUUUGACAUCACGGCCCUGCAGAACCCCGAUGGGGCGGCCCCGCCGGCGCCCGGCCCCGCCACGCGCCGCGAUGUGCUGCCCCGGGCCCGGGCGCCGCGCCAGCCCAGGCCACCGGGCCCUGCCGACGUGGCCCAGCUCCUGGCACUGCGGCUGCGCGAGGCGGACGAGGACCCCAGCGUGCCCCCGUACGACUCGGUGCAGGUGUACGGCUACGAGGGCCGGGGCUCCUCCUGCGGCUCCCUCAGCUCCUUGGGCUCCGGCAGCGAAGCCGGCGGCGCCCCCGGCCCCCCAGAGCCGCUGGACGACUGGGGUCCGCUCUUCCGCACCCUGGCCGAGCUGUACGGGGCCAAGGAGCCCCCGGGCCCCUGAGCGCCGCGGAGGGGCAGCGGCACAGGCCCUCUGAGUGAGCCCCGCGCGGUCCAGGCAGGCGGCAGCAGCCCAGGGGCCCAGGCCUCCUCCCUGUCCCUGUGCCCUUCCUUCCCCAGGGCACCCUGGCUCUUCCCUCCUUGUCCUCCUGAGUCUGUUUGUCUCUCUCCAGGGAUCCUUGUCUCUGUCUGUGACACUGUCCUGGUCUGGGUUUUGUGGCUCUGACCCUGAGCCUGCGUCCUCUCACUGUGAUUCCUCUCCGUUCUCUGUGGCUGUUUGUCUCUGCAGUUGGAAAUUCUCUCUCUCACACACACACACGCUCUGUCUCCCUUGCCCACACACAUGCUCUGUUUCUGUCUACUGCCCACAUCUCCCUGCCUUCGCUGGGUCCCUGUGACUGGCUUUUUGAUUUUUUUCUGUUGUCCAUCCCAAAAAUCAAGAGAAACUUCCAGCACUGCUGCCCACCCUCCCGCAGGGGAUGCUCUCUGCCCCAGACCUGCCCGCAUGGUUCCAUCCAUCACUCAUGGCCUCAUCCUGGCUCCACUGGCCUCCAGCAGGGAGAGGGAGCCAGCCGCCUCCCAGGGCGAGAGCUCCAGCCUCCCACAUGGCCGCCUCCCUGGAGCUCUGCCCAGCUGUCAGCCGCCCUGGGCAUCCCAGCUCUGGGCAUUGUCUUGUGUGCUUCCCAGGCCCCAGGGGGAACAGGGAAGGAAAGGGGGAGGCAGCUGGGGAAGGGGAAAGAGGGAGGAAGGGGAGGGGCCUCCAUCUCUAAUUUCAUAAUAAACAAACACUUUAUUUUGUAAAGCUGGA